AUGCGCAACUUCCUUCGCUAUGACUGGCCCACGGCGCAAUCGCCCUCUUCUGUGGAGGCACGUUCUUUUGCUGGACAUUGGCAAGUCUGCCCGAAACGGGAGGAUGCGUAUGACCGUGGCAGGCCACCCGCCCUCCCCGAAAUCGUAACCCAAUUCAUACUACUUUGCAACAACGCACAUAGUCAAAUCAAUCGUGGAAUGCAAAGACGAAUAACGGCGCGGCUAAUCAUGCAGGCCGCCCUCGAAGCAAUACCAGUGUCUGAGAGAAGGACAUCGGAGAACCUCGAUCAAGAACUUCUCAAAGCUGUCGACAACCUCAAUACGGUCCUGAUGAGACAAGUGGGCAUCGACAUGGCAAAUUACUGGUCACCGCCGAUGGGAAGCACGCUGGCUGGCCAGGUAGAAUCGUCGUCUCGGGAAAUGCCCCUGCCGACCAUCCAGGAUGCGAUGGUUGAUUUUCUGUCCAACCUGAUAGAAGGAUUGGACGCCCCAGUACUCGUUCAGCUCGAGCGAGGCCAACUCCAGGGACUAAGUCGCGCUGAAACGAAACAGUUAAAGGAACGAGUGGGAUUUAGAUGA